AUGGCUGCCACCGAAGGUCCCCUGGUGCACACCUUUGCCCCUCGCUUCGAGGCCAAGGACUUGGUCGAGUUCGACGAGAGCGCCAUCUACGGAGACUGGCGCGACGAGUUCCACAAGAACGGCUGCGUCGUCAUCAAGAAUGUCAUCAGCAAGCAGCGCGCUCAGUACUACUGCGACAAGCAGAUCCAGUGGAUGAAGAACUUUGAGCUGGGCUUCGACGAGAAGGAUCCCAAGACCUGGACUGCCGAGCACCUCCCUGUGAGCUUCAAGGGCGGCAUGUACUUCGCCUAUGGCUCUCCUCACGAGAAGAUGGCCUGGGAGGCUCGCACUGAGCCCGCCGUCAUCUCCGUCUUCGAGAAGCUCUGGGGAACCAAGGAGCUCAUUAGUUCCUUUGACGGCAUGAACAUUUCCAUGCCGAACCGAACGGACAUUACCUGGAGCCCCUGGCCCCAUACCGACCAGAAUCCUCAACGCAAGGGUAUGCAAGCCGUGCAGGGCCUCCUCAACUACGCUCCCAACGGCCCCAAGGACGGCGGCCUCAUGCUGAUGAAGGGCUCCUCCAAGCUCUUCAAUGAGUUCUUCGCGCACAAGCGCGAGUCGGCUGACCACGAGGAUGCACCUCCGCCGGAGCUCGAGUUCAUGGACCUCUUCCUCUUCAGCGAGAAGGACCUCAAGUGGUUCGAGGCCCGCGGGUGCGAGAUGGUCAAGAUCAACAUGGAGCCCGGCGACUUUGUGCUCUGGGACUCGCGCACCAUCCACUACGCGCGCUUCCCCGAGGGCGAGCAGAUCCGCCACGUACAGUACAUCUGCAUGACGCCUCGCGUCUUCGCCGAGGAGGAGGCGCUCGAGGCCAAGAAGUACUGCUUCGAGAACUACAUUGGCACCACCCACUGGCCGCACUGCAACAUUCGCCCGGCGCAGGAGAAGCCAAUGCGGAAUGGCGAGGUCUGCCCCAAGUACAGGACCGAGCCAUUUGAGAAGCCCGAGGUGACGGAUACGGUACUCAAGCUUGCUGGUGUGAAGCCGUAUUAG